GCUGGAUCAAAUCUUACCAGAGUGAAGUUGAUUGUGGUUGAUACCAUAAAUCCAUCUCUCCGCGCUCAGGUUAUUCCUCCUGUAGCCGUCACCUUAGGUGAUCACAUUUUGUGCUCAGUGACCUGGGUAACGGAUGAGCGCCUCGCAGUGCAGUGGCUCACAAGGAAACAGAAUCAGGCCGUCGUGCAGAUCUAUGACUUUGAUGGAAGCAAGUGGAAAGAAGGACAGAAAUUUGAGCAAACAAGCAAAACAGGUUGGAUUGGUCAUUAUGUGCCCUUGCCUCUUUUCUUUGCUGAAGAUAAGCUCAGUUUCUACAAAAUCAUGAGUGACUCCCAUGGCUACAAACAUAUACAUCAUGUUAAAAAUGGCAGUGCAACACCUAUAACCUCUGGCAAGUGGGAAGUUAUUUACAUCUCAAAGUUAACAAAGGAUGCCAUAUAUUUUGUAAGCAAUCAGCACCAGGGAGUACCUGUCAAAAGAAAUCUUUACAAGUUAAUGAUUGGAAGCAGCCCGUCAGCCCCUCAGUGCCUCACCUGUGACUUGCAUGAGGACAGGUGUCAGUACAACUCAGCUUACUUAAGCAAUGACGCCUCUUUCUACCAAAUGGACUGCUAUGGACCUGGAUUGCCCCUCCACACCCUCGUGGAUAACAGGGGCUCAGGUGCAGAGCUCUCAGUUCUGGAAGACAACAAAGAUUUGGAAAAUAUUCUCUCUGAGUUCCAAAUGCCAACAAUGAAAUAUGGCACCUUGAAGAUUGCAGGAUUUGAGCUUUGGUAUGAAAUGAUGCUACCACCAAAUUUCAAAAAAUCCAAAAAAUAUCCUCUUCUCAUUGAUGUGUAUGGCGGCCCUUGUAGUCAGAAUGUGAACUAUCAGUACAAGUUGAAUUGGGCCACGUACCUUUCCAGCUCACAUGGCAUCAUCGUUGCCAGCUUUGAUGGAAGGGGAAGUGGUUACCAAGGCGACGAAAUACUGCACGCCAUCUACAAGCGUCUGGGGACAUUUGAAGUGGAAGAUCAGAUAGCAGCUGUGAGGAAAUUCAUAGACAUGGGUUUUAUUGACAAAGAUCGAAUUGCAAUAUGGGGUUGGUCAUAUGGUGGUUAUGUUGCCUCAAUGGCCUUGGGUGCUGGAACUGGACUCUUCAAGUGUGGGAUUGCAGUGGCCCCAGUAGCUAACUGGGAAUAUUAUGAUGCUAUAUACACAGAGCGCUACAUGGGAAGACCCACAGAAAAUUCAGAUGCUUACAAAAAUUCUACAGUUACAUCCAGAGCAAAGAACUUCAAAAAUGUUGACUAUCUUUUGGUUCAUGGCACAGCAGAUGACAACGUCCAUUUCCAGCAGGCUGCGCAGAUCUCCAAAGCUUUGGUGAAUGAGCAAGUGGAUUUCGAGGCAAUGUGGUACACCGACAAGGACCAUUCUCUCGGUGGAUCAGCUUACCAGCAUACAUACACCCUCAUGAGCCACUUUCUGCAGAGAUGCCUCCUAAAUCCCAAAUAGAUGUGAACAAACAGACACAAUUUUUAGUGAAUCGAUUUGUUGAUACUUGUAUAUUUCUAUUUUUAUUGAUACUGAGGAAUAAAUCAGGUAAUGUUUAGCCUAUUUUACAUUGCUGCAUGUUUUAGUGGUUCAUAGUUGUGGAAUUUUUGUCAAAAAAGCGACUUUUUGAUAAAAUAAAAAAGCCAUUUUAGUUGAAAA